CCCCCAGGUCCGGUGACGACAGCGGCCCCCAGCGCCCCCCCGGCGCGACCCACAGCGCCCCGGAGCUCGGCGGCCCCCGGCCCCACCCCCACGGCGAGACGGGGACCCCUCACCCCCCGCCCGGGACCCCCGCCCGGCCCCCCGCCCCCCCCGGGCCCGGGCCCGGCCCACAGCGCCGCCACCCCGGGGGGUCCCCCGGGUUCCCCGGGUCCCCCCAAUAACGGGGCGGGGGUCCCGCCGCCGCCCCCCGGCGCCUCGCGCCGCCCGCCGGGGGGGGCCGGGGUGGGGGGCUCCGGGGGGGGCCCCGGGGGGGGCCCGGCGCGGCUCUGCGAGGCGCGGGAGGUGCGGAGGGUGCAAUGGCCGGCGGCGCAGCAGGGGGUGGUGGUGGAGAGACCCUGCCCCAAGGGCACCCGCGGCAUCGCCUCCUUCCAGUGCCUGCUGGGGCUGGGGGUGUGGAACCCCCGCGGGCCCGACCUCAGCAACUGCACCAGCCCCUGGGUCAACCAGGUGGCGCAGAAGAUCAAGAGCGGGGAGAACGCGGCCAGCAUCGCCGGCGAGCUGGCGCGGCACACGCGGGGCCCCGUCUACGCGGGCGACGUCAGCUCGGCCGUGCGGCUGCUGGAGCAGCUGCUGGACAUCCUGGACGCGCAGCUGCAGGCGCUGCGCCCCGUCGAGCGCGAGUCCGCCGGCAAGAACUACAACAAGAUGCACAAGCGGGAGCGCACCUGUAAGGAUUACAUCAAGGCGGUGGUGGAGGCGGUGGACAACCUGCUGCGGCCGGAGGCGCUGGAGUCGUGGCGGGACAUGAACGGCUCGGAGCAGGCGCACACGGCCACGAUGCUGCUGGACGUGCUGGAGGAGGGCGCCUUCCUGCUGGCCGACAACGUCAAGGAGCCCGCCCGCUUCCUCGCCGCCCGCCAGAACCUGGUGCUGGAGGUGACGGUGCUGAACACGGAGGGGCAGGUCCAGGAGCUCGUUUUCCCCCAGGAGUUUGGGGGCGAAAGUUUCAUCCAGCUCUCGGCCAACACCCUCAAACAGAACAGCCGCAACGGGGUGGUGAAGGUGGUCUUCAUCCUCUACAACAACCUGGGGCUCUUCCUCUCGACGGAGAACGCGACGGUGCGGCUGGGGGGGGAGGUGGGGGCCCGCGCCCCCCCCCUCGUCGUCAACUCCCAGGUCAUCGCCGCCUCCAUCAACAAGGAGUCCAGCCGCGUCUUCCUCAUGGACCCCGUCGUCUUCACCCUGCCCCACCUCGAGGCCAAGAACCAUUUCAACGCCAACUGCUCCUUCUGGAACUACUCGGAGCGGUCGAUGACGGGGCACUGGUCGACGCAGGGCUGCCGCCUGCUCGACACCAACGCCACCCACACCUCCUGCGCCUGCAGCCACCUCACCAACUUCGCCGUCCUCAUGGCCCACCGCGAGAGCUACCAGGGGCGGCUGAACGAGGUGCUGCUGUCGGUGAUCUCCUGGGUGGGCAUCGUGGUGGCCCUGGUCUGUCUGGGCGUCUGCAUCUCGGCCUUCUGCUGCCUGCGGGGGCUGCCCUCCGACCGCACCACCAUCCACAAGAACCUCUGCAUCAGCCUCUUCCUCGCCGAGCUCGUCUUCCUCGUCGGCAUCGAUAAGACCCAGUAUCAGGUGGCCUGCCCCAUCUUCGCGGGGCUGCUGCACUACUUCUUCCUGGCGUCGUUCUCCUGGCUCUGCCUCGAGGGCGUCCACCUCUACCUGCUGCUGCUCGAGGUCUUCGAGAGCGACCUCUCCCGCCGCAAGUACUACUACGCCGGCGGCUACUGCUUCCCCGCCGUCGUGGUGGCCGUGGCCGCCGCCGUCGACCACCGCAGCUACGGCACCGACCAGGCGUGCUGGCUGCGCGUGGACAACUACUUCAUCUGGAGCUUCAUCGGCCCCGUGGCCUUUGUCAUCCUGGUGACGCUGGUGUUCCUGCUGGUGACGCUGCACAAGAUGGUGCGCAGCUCGGCCGCCCUCAAGCCCGACUCCAGCCGCCUCGACAGCAUCAAGUCGUGGGCGCUGGGGGCCAUCGCGCUGCUGCUGCUGCUGGGGCUGACCUGGGCCUUCGGCCUCCUCUUCGUCACCCGGGAGUCGGUGCUGACGGCCUCGCUCUUCACCGCCUGCAACGCCCUGCAGGGCACCUUCAUCUUCGUUUUCCACUGCGCCCUCCAGAAAAAGGUGCACCGGGAGCUGAGCAAGUGCCUGCGGCACACGUCCUGCUGCCUGCGCAGCCCCCCCGGGACCACCCUGGGCGCCCUCAAGACCUCGGCCAUCCGCACCAACACCCGCUACUACACCGGCACCCAGAGCCGGAUCCGGAGGAUGUGGAACGACACCGUGCGGAAGCAGACGGAGUCGAGCUUCAUGGCGGGGGACCUGAACAGCACCCCCACCCUCAACCGAGGGACGAUGGGGAACCACCUGCUGCCCAACCCGGUGCUGCAGCCGCGGGGGGGCUCCAGCCCCUACAACACCCUCAUCGCCGAGUCGGUGGGCUUCGCCCCCGCCUCGCCCCCCGCCUUCACCUCCCCAGGGAGCUUCCGCGACACCAAGCCCCCCCCGGGCGGCCCCCGCGACCCACCGGAGCCGCUUCCCCUCAACGGCAACUUCAACAACAGCUACAGCCUGCGGGGGGGGCCCGAGGGCGGGGGGGGGGCCGGGCCGGGGGGGGCCGGGGGGGGCGCCCCCCCCCGAGGGUCGCCGCGGCCCCCCCCGACCCCGCCGCCCUCGAGAAGAUGAUCAUCUCCGAGCUGGUGCACAACAACCUGCGGGCGGCCGCCUCGCACGCCGGGGGGGGCCCCUCGCACGCCGGGGGGGGCCCCUCGCACCCCG